AUGAGCGACAACAAACGGCCCCCUCCUUUCUCAUAUCCCUCCUAUCCCUCUUCCUCCUCCACUUCCUCCGACUUCCCCGGCACUGAGCCCAAAUACCGUUCCUGGCCGGUCCCCCAGUACCCGCCGCAGUCGUCCUUGGGCCCUUCUGUCUCUUACGAGCCCGUCCCAUCCAGCCAUGCUGAGACCCCCGCUGCUGGCACCUCCCGGAGCGCCCCUGGGGAUCGCGCCGUGAGUUCCAAGGUGGCCAUCCCCCGGACGGCGAGUAACAGCACCUGGACCAGCAGCGGACGGGUCAGCCGGGCCUGUGAGAAUUGUCGGGACCAGAAGGCCAAAUGCAGCGGCCACCGUCCAACCUGCCAGCGGUGCCAGGAGUCGGGCAUCCGCUGCUCGUAUGGGGACCGCAAGCGAGAAAAGAUGGCCAAGCAGCUCGGUGAUCUGACAACCCAGGUUCAGGUAUAUGAAGCCCUUCUGCGAGAGAUUUCUCCCAAGCUGGGACCGGAGAUGGCACAGUACGUCGACCAGAUUUUAAACGAUCAAAGGGACGACAAUGAACAGGUCGCCGGCGGCCACCGUGCGUCGGCGUCUUUAUCGGCCUCCAAAGUAGCCGAUGCUGCCCUUCUGUCGAACCCUUCCCCGGGUUCUUCGCUGGCAGCCCUGGACUAUACCAACGAAGAUUUUAACCGUGACGAGAAGAUACAGGCCAUGGGCUUCGUGGGUGAACAUUCCGAGAUUGCAUGGAUGUAUCGCUUGAAGCGCCUUUUGGAACGGUCCAACUCGGUAUCCCCACGAGAAACCUGGGAUCGCCAAUCAGUCUCUUCCGUGAACUUCUUCCUGGACGACUCGGAUAUCCCAGUCAUUGAUGAGGUCGACCCAACCCAACGACCUCCUGUCACCGUUGCUGACCAGCUAGUCGAUGGCUAUUUUCAUGCCGUGCACCCAACUUUUCCGAUUGUGGGCAAGAUGAUCUUCUUGGCGCAGUACAAAUCAUUCUAUUCGGCGCCUUACGUACGGCCGGGGAAAAGAUGGCUUGCGAUUCUCAACUUGAUAUUCGCUAUCGCUGCCAGACACGCGCGUCAUUUGUACAACGAGACUGAAAAUGGGUCGGACGACAGCCUCGUCUACUUCUCACGGGCCUGGAAGCUCAGCAUGAGUGAUACCGCACUGCUCGAGCAUCCGAAUCUGCAACAAGUACAAGUAGAGGGGCUAACUUCGUUUUAUCUCAUGUCUAUAGGGCAAGUUAACAGGUCCUGGAGAAUUUGUGGAAUAUCUCUUCGCUCGGCUGUUACAAUGGGACUGAAUUUACGAAGCGAAAGCAAUUCCAUUGUUCAUGUGUCUAAAGAGACCCGUUAUCGGGUGUGGUGGUCGCUUUACAUGCUGGACAACUCCCUCUGUGUCAUGACGGGCCGACCACCGAGCACCAGUGACGAUUUCUGCACCACCCCGCUGCCCGUGCCUUACCGGGAGGAAGAGUUUAUGGAUAACAAGGUAGUUCAACUCAUUGCUGAUAACGACGCUCGAACUAUUUUCAUGGAGACCUUUUGUCUUCGAGGCCCUGGGAAAGCGGUUGACAAUGGCGGGUCGCCCGAUUCCUUCCGGACCCAUGGGCCGACGCCAGUAAAUCAGAGCGAACAGAUUGUUGCCGGCGCCAUCGAAGUGCUGACGCCGAACACCUCGCUCUAUUUCCUUUACCACAUCGACCUAGCACUGGUCAUGCGAGAGUCUGUUGACCUACUAUACUCCCCAGGAGCAGCUCGGAAAUCGUGGCGGGAGCUUGAAGCGAACAUCUCCAUGCUGCAUGCCAAGAUAGAAGCGUGGCUUUCCCGUCUCCCGCCUGCCUUUCACUUCGGCCAGGGAGCACCAGCCUUCGAGAGGCAGAGAGUGAGCCUCGCGUUUCGCUAUUACAGCACCAAACUGCUUAUUACGCAACCUUGUCUAAGCCGUCUCGCCCAGAAAAAUUCCGGCAGCGACCCACCGAGCCGUUUCUGCGAGACCAUGGCAAGCGUGUGUGUUGAGACUGGGUGCCAGAUGUUCGAUUUACUACCUGAUCCCCCUGACCUCUCUUGGGUUUAUCGGGUCGCGCCCUGGUGGUGCAUCCUACACUAUCUCAUGCAGUCAACCACCGUACUCAUCAUCGAGUUGUUGCUUCUGGCCAAACCGGGGACUGCCAAGUUCCGCAGGGUAGUCGCGCAGGUGGCCAAGGCCAUCUACUGGUUGGCGGAGAUGUCGACCAAGGACCCGUCUUGCCAACGGGCCUGGCUUGUGUGUAGGGAUCUUAUCUCUGAGCACGCCCCCGAACUGGGUGCCUUCGCGGGCCCCGCAGAUCGCGGCAAAACCUGA